AUGACUGAACGACCGCAACAACGACAACCAACGCCACAACCUCAGCAAUCACAAACAUUACAAAUAUCACCACAAACGCAUCAACAUCAGCAACAACCACCACAUCGAGAAGAUACUGGAUACAACUUUUCUACACAUCCUUCUCUUUCAGUGCAAUCUAAUAGCAUUUCCCAGAAUUUAUCACCCAAAAGCAUUCAACAUAAUACAAUGAGAAUGCUUCCACGUUCCCCCAAUCCAGCUAUACCUGAUACCAAUAUUCAAUCAUCAAUAUACGGUAAUCAGAGUCAAUCUGUUAACUCUACCAAUAUAAGUCAAACGCAGGCUGCAACGCAGAUCGGACAAUAUUCUAAAAUCAAUUCUAAAGAUCAUUUAGUUUCGAAUACUACAAUUGCAAGUUUUCCUCAGCCAUCGACACAGCCUACGAUAUCGACGGAAUUGUCGUCAACAACUAGCAUUCAUAAUACAGUACUUGAUCAUUAUAAACAGUCACCACAAACAACAAAUGAUGCUACAUCAUUGACAUCUAUGAAGCCUAAUCCUCUAAUUGGCCAUUUAGAUUCUAUGCAACGAAUAACGUCGCAAGAAAAUAUAAAUGAUUCUUCAAUAUUGCCCUCGAUAGAAAAUCAGAAUUCAUUUACAUCAAAUAUGCAAAUGGCAAGAAAUAGCACAUCAACUAGUCCUAAAAAUAUUAACCUUUCAGAGACCACAAAUUUCCCUAAACACCAUCAAAACUCUCAAACAUCAAACACCGAACUACUUACUCAAUCGACAAAUAAUAUUAAACAGCACACAUCAAAGUCAAAUGUGGCAGAUGAUUUAUCGCAAAAUUUGCGGUUACCGGUUAGCAGUGGAAUAGCUGGACGUAGGGCUGUUACCUCUCGCCAAGUAUCCAGACAAUCUGAAAAAGCAUCUGUAGUCACUCACCCUACACCUACGACAUCAGCGCAAUCUUCCAAUUCAACUUUACCGACACAGACAUCAAAACAGGGACCUAUUAAACCUCAAAAAGUAAAUUAUGCACCAAAAACUCGACGUGUGGAUAGUUAUGGCGGUCUAGAUUUAAGAGUUUUUGAAAA